AUGGCUGGCUCAGAAAAAGAAGAAAAUCCUUUUUCAACAAUUAUGUAUCGCGUCAAUGUUGGUGGUCGCCAGUUCGGAAUUAGUAAGUCAGUUAUGGGAUCGGUCGACGGAUCCCGACUGCAGCGUCUCGUACUUGAAGGCAGUCACAAUCCAAAUCAAACGGAUUUCUUUUACGAGCGACCUAGUGGGCCUUUCGAAGCGAUAUUGGCCUACCAUCAAACCGGGAAGCUACAUAUUCCAGGAGAUAUAUGUCCAGAAGCUUUUAAACAGGAACUCGAUUUUUGGGACAUAAGUCCCCACAUGUUGGAAAAAUGCUGUUACCAUCGUUAUUUAACGUUUUCGCGUGACCAGACUGUGAUGACAGGAUUUAUUGAAAAAUCUCGGUUAAGCAAUUUGUACACUGGCAAACGUUUGGAAAAAACUCCGUCCUUCUGGUCUAGGACAAGAUCGCGGUUGAGGUCUGUUCUUGACAACAAGGAUGAGUCCUUAGUUACACAGAGGAAAAAUGAUGUUAGGAAACGUGCCUGA